UUGCGUCCACGACUAAUCGUCGUGGACGCCUGCGUCCAAUACAGUCCUGUCUCAUUAUUUCUCAUUUCAAGUUCUAAUCUCUUUGAUUUCAGAUCGCGUGGAUCGGGGACAGUGGAUCAAUGCGAAGGAGGACGAUCGUCUCCUGAAAUCGACAUCCAGCUCACCUACCAGACCCCUGGCAUAUUAGGGGAAGAUGGCCGGUCGUAUGGAAUCAGUCGAGAUAGUGUGUGCAGUGGUCGAUGA